ACUUGCGGACCUCUGCUAGCAGAUGAACCUGGGUGCGCACUACAUUUGGACGUUUUCCUGUGGUUUGUGUUAAAAAGUGACUGCUGUGACUGGAUCCUGACCAGCCAAGUUGCAUUAAUUCGGGAUAACGCUAAAAAUCGACUUUUGUAAACUUCCUCGUAUGGCAUUUUUCUCGAGAUAAUCAGUGCUAACGUGACUACCUGCACCGUUGUUUCCUAACGUCGGUGUACAAUUGACAGGGCGUGUGCUAAAUGUAGCCCUCGAGCUGGUUUCCGUUUCCCCUCCACGUUGUUGUGUUGAUGUAUUGUCACGCUGACCCACCCCUCAUGUCAUGAGGUUCAGUGGCACACAUGACACGAUGGCAUCGAGAGAGGUUUUGCUCAAAUGGUGCAGCCAAACAUGCGCCACGUACCCACAAGUGGAAAUCACCAACUUGUCCACCUCAUUCCGAGAUGGACUUGCCUUUUGUGCCAUCAUCCACAAACACCGCCCGGAUCUGAUAGAUUUCAGAUCUCUCUCCAGAGACAAUGUUUAUGAAAACAACCAACUGGCCUUUGAGGUUGCAGAGACAAAGCUCGGCAUCCCCGUGUUCCUGGUCCCUAACGAAAUGCUUGCCACCGAGGUGCCUGACUAUUUGAGUGUCAUCACCUACCUCUCCCAGUAUUACCACUACUUCAGUGGGUUAUCCAAUGCUGGUACUUCCAGUUUGAGGUCAUCACACAUCAAUUCAUCAAACAAGCGUUCGGCUUCUCUGCCUGCCAGCGAAAAUAAUCAUUGUUCUGAUAGAAGUCUACACAAUGUCUGUCACUUUUGUAUCGAAACUGUUCAUCUUAUUCAGAGACAUGUAAUCCACGGAGAGAUCUGGCAUCGCAGUUGUUUCAGAUGCAAUGUGUGCCACUGCACCCUUGCAGCAGGCUUUUACACUCCAGGAAAGGAUGCUGGCUGUUUCAUUUGCUCUGACCACAUAACAGAUGGUGCAAAGAAUCAAGCUGAUGAUGAGAAGUUUGAGUUUUGCGAAGAUUGCAUGUCUUUUGAUGGAUUGAAUCUCAUCAGUGUCCCUCAAUACUCUGAGAAAACAAAGUCACGUGAUAGACUGGUUUAUGAACCACUGGAGAUAGAGCAAACCGCACAGAAUGAGUCAUCUCACACACAGAGAAGCAUGUCAAAGCCACCAUCUCCUCAACCUGUCCCAGUAAGCGCUGAAGAGACAAGUGAUGGCAAAGAUGAAUUGCCAUCGGUUGUGGCAGGAAACUGCGAGCAGAAGGAAGAAGCAAAUAUUGAAGAGUCCUCGGAGUCCUCAUCACCUUAUGUACCAGUAACUGGAGGAAGUAAGCAGCUGGAACCCGAACAGAUGUCAGUUUCCAUCUCUGCACCCAGGAAUCAACCUUCCCGCACAAUGAGCAGCACCUCAGGCAGUUCCACCGUUCAAAGUCAGUCUUCCACUUUUUCAUCCUCCACUUCUUCAUCUCGCAUAAGGAGCGUUAAAAGUACUGUGAAAAGCAACCAUCCAUGGCUAGGAAUCAUCCAUCCCGGACCUUGGACACAACUGCCUCCUGUUCAAUCCCCUGGACCCCCCAUGCAUUCUAAACGUGGUCCAAAUGGCCAGGUUUAUUGGUACAGACCAAGGGUCCCACCUCCCAAUCCUUUUAGUGGGGACCUGGACGAGGAGGAUGUGGUCGAAACAGAGCCACAUCUCAAAGACACUCACAUUGGUGUUACCAGUCAACAUGGUUGCUCAGAUUUGGAGAGAGACAUAUCCCUGCCAACGACCUCCAAUGUCCCACAAAUAGUAAACAGUAGUCCCAUUUUGCCAAGAAGUCUUUCUGUACCGGCUGUCAAAUCUGCAAACCUACCUUUUGACAUGACAGAGGAUAAUAAAUCGCUCUCCGCAUUACAAAUAAAGGUUUGCAAAGAGAAGGACCAUUUUGAUGCAAAAACGGAAAUGCCCAAAUCAAAUACAUGCCAGGCCCUCAGAUCUGGACGGGCUCCUGCUCCUGGACAUGGCUUCCCACUCAUUAAAAGGAAGGUGCAGGCAGACCAGUAUGCUUCUGCAGCUAAUCUACAGGUGGAGACAAGACAAGUGAAAAAACAGCUUGAGACACUGGAAGAAAGAGGCGUAGACUUGGAGAUAAAUCUAAGACAGUGCAAGAAUGACAAAGAGGAAGAACGUCUGGUGACCGAAUGGCUUGCUCUUACCCAUGAGAGACAAUUCCUGAUGCGACGAGAUACCGAGCUAGUUUAUCUGACUAAGCAGCAAAGAUUGGAGGAGAAACAGGCAGAUGUGGAGUAUGAGCUUCGACGCCUCCUCAAUAAACCAGAGAGCGUCUGGAGUCAAGAAGAUCGAGGUCGAGAGCAAAGUCUGAUGGCCGAGCUGCUUGUCAUCAUCGAGCAGAGGAACCAGAUAGUCAGCAUUUUAGAUCAAGACAGGAAGAGGGAGCGAGAAGAGGAUGCAAUUUCGGGAGAGAUGAUCAAGAACCAAGAGAUCCAGAAAGAAGGACUGAAAGAGCUCAAGAAGUCAAAAGGAAAGUUCAAGCCUUCAAAGGUCUUUAAGAAGCUGAACCAGAAAGACUCCGUGGACAAGAGCUGAAGAUCUGUCGAGACUCCACAAGAAUCAAAGCAAAGAAAAAUUCCAAGACCACAAAUUAAGUUUAUCUUGUACAGUGGGUACGGAAAGUAUUCAGACCCCCUUAAAUUGUUCACUCUUUGUUUAUAUUGCAGCCAUUUGCUAAAAUAAUUUAAGUUAAAUUUUUUCCUCAUUAAUGUACACACAGCAUCCCAUAUUAACAGAACAAAAACGGAAUAUUGAAAUUUUUGCAGAAUUAUUAAAAAGGAAAAACUGAAAUAUCACACAGCCGUAAGUAUUCAGACCCUUUGCUCUGUAUUUAGUAGAAGUACCCUUUUGAGCGAAUACAGCCAUGAGUCUUUUUGGGAAUGAUGCAACAAGUUUUUCACACCUGGAUUUGGGGAUCCUUUGCCAUUCCUCCUUGCAGAUCCUCUCCAAUUCUGUCAGGUUGAGUUGUUCUGAAGCCACUCCAUCAUUAUUUUAGCUGUGUGCUUAGGGUCAUUGUCUUGUUGGAAGGUGAACCUUCGACCAGUCUGAGGUCCUGAGCACUCUGGAGAAGGUUUUUGUCGAGGAUAUCCCUGCCCUUGGCCGCUUACAUCUUUCCUUCGAUUGCAACCAGUCGUCCUGUCCCUGCAGCUGAAAAACACCCCCAUAGCAUGAUGCUGCCACCACCAUGCUUCACUGUUGGGACCUAAUUGGACAGGUGAGGUGCAGUGCCUGUUUUUCUCCACACACCGCUUAGAAUUAAGGCCAAAAAGUUAUAUCUUGGUCUCAUCAGACCAGAGAAUCUUAUUUCUCAUCAUCUUGGAGUCCUUCAUGUGUUUCCUAUUCAGCAAAGUCCAUGCAGGCUUUCAGGUGUCUUGCACUGAGGAGAGGCUUCCAUCGGGCCACUCUGCCAUAAAGCCCCGACUGGUGGAGGGCUGCCGCAAUGCUUGACUUUCUAGAACUUUCUCCCAUCUCCCGACUGCAUCUCUGGAGCUCAGCCACAGUGAUCUUUGGGGACUUCAUUUCCUCCCUCACCAAGGCUCUUUUCCCACGAUAGUUCAGUUUGGCCGGACGGCCAGCUCGAGGAAGGGUUCUGGUCGUCCCAAACGUCUUCCAUUUAAGGAUUAUGGAGGCCACUGUGCUCUUAGGAACCUUAAGUGCAGCAGAAAUUAUUUUUGUAACCUUGUCCAGAUCUGUUCCUUGCCACAAUUCUGUCUCUGAGCUGUUCAGGCAGUUCCUUUGACCUCAUGAUUCUCAUUUGCUCUGACAUGCACUGUGAGCUGUAAGGUCUUAUGUACACGUUAUGUCUUUCCUAAUCAAAUCCAACCAGUAUAAUAAAACACAGCUGGACUCCAAUGAAGGUGUAGAACCAUCUCAAGGAUGAUCAGAAGAAAUGGACAGCACCCAAGUGCUGAAUAAGUGUCACAGCAAAAGGUCUGAAUACUUAUGGCUGUGUGAUUUUUCAGUUUUUCUUGAAUAAAUCUGCAAAAAUUUCAAAAAUGACGUUUUUCUUUCUGUCAAUAUGGGGUGCUGUGUGUACAUUAAUGAGGAAAUAAAUGAACUUAAAUUAUUUUGGCAAAUGGCUGCAAUAUAACAAGUGAGUGAAAAAUUUAAGGGGCUCUGAAUACUUUCCGUACCCACUGUAUGUACUGUAUAUUUUUGAAAUGCUAUCAGUAUGCAAGUUUCAUUACAGAUAUAGGUGCAUCUCAUUAAAUUACAUUAUCGUGAAAAACACAAUUUCAGUAGUUCAAUUCAAAGACGGAAACUCAUUACAGACAGAGUGAUACCAUUAUUUUAUUCAUUAAAACCUGUAAAAUAGUGUAAAGCUAACACAAAUGUCACCUCUUCUUUUCCUUUGGGCUUGGCCCUUUAGGGGUCACCACAGGGCGUCAUCCUUUUCCUCCUGCAUCCUCAUCUCGAACACCAACUGCCCUCAUGUCUUCCCUCACAACAUCCAUCAACCUUCUCUUUGGUCUUCCUCUCGCUCUCUUGCCUGGCAGCUCCAUCCUCAUCAUCCUUCGACCAAUAUACUCACUAUUUCUCCUCUGGACAUGUCCAAACCAUCGAAGUCUGCUCUCUCUAACUUUGUCUCCAAAACAUCGAACCUCGGCUGUCCCUCUGAUGAGCUCAUUUCUAAUUUUAUACAACUUGGGCACUCCGAGAGCGAACCUCAACAUCUUCAUUUCCGCCACCUCCAGCUCUGCUUCCUGUUGUCCCUUCAGUGCCACUGUCUCUAAUCCGUACAUCAUAGCUGGCCUCACCACUGUUUUAUAAACUUUGCCCUUCAUCCUAGGAGAGACUCUUCUGUCGCAUAACACACCUGACACCUUCCUCCACCCGUUCUAACCUGCUUGGACCCGUUUCUUCACUUCCUGACCACACCCACCAUUGCUCUGGACGGUUGACCCCAAGUAUUUAAAGUCCUCCACCGUUGCUAUCUCUUCUCCCCGUAGCCUCACUCUUCCCCCACCACCCGUCUCAUUCAUGCACAUAUAUUCUGUCUUACUUCGGCAAAUCUUCAUUCCUCUGCUUUCCAGUGCAUGCCUCCAUCUUUCUAACUGUUCCUCCACCUGCUCACUGGUUUCACUGCAGAUCACAAUGUCAUCUGUAAACAUCAUGGUCCACGGGGAUUCCAGUCUAACCUCAUCUGUCAGCCCAUCCAUCACCACUGCAAACAGGAAGGGGGUCAGGGCUGAUCCCUGAUGCAGUCCCACCUCCACCUUAAAUUCGUCUGUCACACCUACAGGACACCUCACCACUGUUCUGCUGCCCUCGUACAUGUCCUGUAUUAUUCUAACAUACUUCUCUGCCACUCCAUACUUCCGCAUACAGUACCACAGUUCCUUUCUGGGUACUCUGUCAUAGGCUUUCUCUAGAUCUACAAAGACACAAUGUAGCUCCUUCUGACCUUCUCUGUACUUUUCCAUCAACAUCCUCAAGGCAAAUAAUGCAUCUGUGGUACUCUUUCUAGGCAUGAAACCAUACUGUUGCUAGCAAAUACUCACUUCUGUUCUGAGUCUAGCCUCCACUACUCUUUCCCAUAACUUCAUUGUGUGGCUCAUCAACUUCACAUCACCCUUGUUCUUAAAAAUGGUCACCGGCACACUUUUCCUCCAUUCCUCAGGCAUCUUCUCACGCGCUAGAAUUCUAUUGAACAAAUUGUCAAAAACUCCACAGCCACCUCUCCUAGAUGCUUCCAUACCUCCACAGGAAUGUCAUCAGGACCGACUGCCUUUCCAUUUUUCAUCCUCUUUAAUGCCUUUCUAACUUCCCCCUUACUCAUCAUUGCCAUUUCCUGGUCCACCACACUCGCCUCUUCUACUCUCCCUUCUCUCUCAUUUUCCUCAUUCAUCAACUCCUCGGAGUAUACUUUCCAUCUAGCUAGCACACUGCUGGCACCAGUCAACAUAUACCCAUCUCUAUCCUUAAUCACCCUAACCUGCUGCACAUCCUUCCCAUCUCUAUCCCUCUGUCUGGCCAGCCUGUAUAGAUAAUUUUCUCCUUCUUUAGUGUCCAACCUGCCAUAUAUGUCAUCAUAUGCCUCUUGUUUGGCCUUUGCCUCCUCAACCUUUGCCCUGUGUCGCAUCUCAAUGUCUUCCUUUCGCCUCUCCUCUGUCCUCUCAGUGUCCCACUUCUUCGUAGCUAACCUUUUUCCUUGAAUGUUAUCCUGUACUAUGAGGUUCCACCACCAAGUCUCCUUCUCUCCUUUCCUGCCAGACGAUACACCAAGUACUCUCCCGCCUUCCUCUCUGAUCACCUUGGCUGCAGUGGUCCAGUCUUCUGGAAGCUCCUCCCGUCCACCGAGAGCCUGUCUCACCUCUUCCCGAAAAGUCAUUUUACACACCACCAUCCUAUGCUGUCUAGCCACACUCUCCCCUACCACUACCUUACAGUCGGUAACCUCCUUCAGAUUACAUUGUCUGCACAAGAUGUAAUCCACCUGCAUGCUUCUACCUCCGCUCUUGUAGGUCACCCUAUGUUCCUGCCUCUUCUGGAAAAAAGUGUUCACUACAGCCAUUUGCAUCCUUUUUGCAAAGUCUACCACCAUCUGUCCCUCCAAGUUCCUUUCCUGGAUGCCGUACUUACCCAUCAAUUCUUCAUCACCCCUAUUUCCUUCACCAGCAUGUCCAUUACAAUCUGCACCAAUCACGACUCUCUCUCUGUCUGGGAUGCUCAGAACUACUUCGUCUAGCUCCUUCCAGAAUUUCUCUUUCACCUCUACAUCACAUCCUACCUGUGGGGCAUAGCCACUAAUCACAAUAUGCAUAACACCCUCAAUUUCAAGUUUCAUCCUAAUCACUCGAUCUGAUACUCUUUUCACAUCCAAGACAUUCUUAGCCAACUCUUCUUUUAAAAUAACCCCUACUCCAUUUCUCUUCCCAUUUUCACUAUGGUAAAAUAAUUUAAACCCUGCCCCUAAACUUCUAGCCUUACUGCCUUUCCACCUGGUCUCCUGGACACACAAUACAUCAACCUUUCUCCUAAUCAUCAUGUCAACCAACUCCCGAGAUUUUCCUGUCAUCGUCCUAACAUUCAAAGUCCCCACAUUCAGUUCUAAGCUCUGUGCUUUCCUCUUCCCUUUCUGCAGAAGAACCCGCUUUCCACCUCUUCUUCUUCGACUUCAACCCACAGUAGCUUAAUUUCCAACGGCGCUCUGCAGGUUGACGGCGCCGGUGGCGGACGUUGUUAACCCGGGCCACGACCGGUCUGGUAUGGAAUUCUUUGGAUGAACGCUCAUAUUUGUUUGGCAACAUUUUAAGCCGGACGCCCUUCCUGACGCAACCCUCUCCAUUUAUCCGGGCUUGGGACCGGCCUACAGUUUGCACUGGCUUGUGCCCCCCAUAGGGCUGCAUUGCUAACACAAAUGUCACCAUCUCAGGGAAUUUGAGUAUUGCAUUACAGUCUCCAUGAUUUUUAAUAUACGCAUUAGAUAAGAGCUGACGUUCUGAAAAGUAUGUUCCGAUGUGUUUAAUUAAUCUGUAUAAUAUGAGUUUCACUUUUUUGUCAGUAGAGUAGGCUUAAUGUACUUUUCUACGAUAUUCAUUUCUUUAGAGGCACUUGUAUGUGAGAAAAGAAAAUAAUAAAUAUGUACAUAAAAGUUCUCUGAAGUUCCAUUUAUUUGAAUAAAAAUUUCUAAUUUCAGACAACCCCUCCUGGAAGCUGUCACCUUAUCGUGGUGGAGGGGUUUGUGUGUCCCAAUGAUCCGAGGAGCUAAGUUGUCGGGGGCUUCACGCCCCUAGUAGGGUCACCCAUGGCAAACAGGUCCUAGGUGAAGGACCAGACAAAGCACGGCUAAAAGACCCCUAUGAUGAAAACUAUAAAUGGAUUUAGGUUUCCCUUGCCCGGACGCGGGUCACCAG